AUGAAAAAGACCCUGCUACUAGUGUUUAUUCAUGGAUUCAAGGGCGGCGAUGACACGUUCGGUGACUUUCCGAGACACUUACAGGCCCUCCUUAGCAGCAAGCUUCCCUCCAUAAGCGUCGCGACUCUUGUCUACCCCAAGUACGAGACCCGGGGAAGCCUGCAAGAAUCUGUGAGCGCGCUCCGGGAAUGGCUGCAAAACCAAGUCAUAGACUUGGAAGUCGCCAACGGAACAGCUUCACCUACCGUUGAUCCAUCCGUGCACGUCUUUCUUGUCGGCCACUCAAUGGGUGGCAUUGUCGCUGCGGACAUGCUCUUGCUCCUAGCUUCUGAACAGCCCAUACCGGCGAGGACCUCCCCAAAUUCCUCUCAGUACCAAUAUCAUGCAGGCUCGGAGGAGACAGCAGCCGCUGACAGCACGAAUAUAGCGGAUUCUGGCUCAUUCAUGUUUCCUCAUAUCCAGGGCGUUUUUGCUUUUGAUACGCCAUACCUGGGAAUCGCACCUGGCGUGGUUUCAUACGGUGCCGAAGGACAUUAUAAGAGCAUAACGUCGACAUACAACGCAUUCUCUGAGGUAGCUGGGCUAUUUGGUAUCGGCGCAAACAACACUGCUAGCAAAGGGACCCCGGCGCCCCCGAACGAUGCCAAAAAGUUACCACCGGUUGCUAAUGACGACGCUGCAGCGACACCAUCUUGGCAGCGCUGGGGAAGGUAUGCUAUGUUUGCGGGUGCCGCGGGAGCUGUCGCCGCGGGAGGAGCUGCAGCCAUGUACUCCCAGCGACAGCGGUUGACUGAUAGCUGGGGCUGGGUUUCGUCGCAUCUCUCCUUUGUGGGCUGUUUAGCACGACCGACGGAACUUCAACAACGUCUUUCCCAGUUGUCACAAAUGCGCAAGGAUCGAGGAAUCAGAUGCGUGAACUUUUACACCUGCCUAGGGAAGGGUGCCUCAUCCCUGGUGGAGAACACCAGCAACGUCAACGAAACAGGCAGCAGUCAAGCAGCAUCGUUUAGCUCCCGAAUCAUCCGCUCGAAGCACCGUACAUUUUGCACUCUCCCGGAGAACGAGGAAGGCCAAGGCCAAGACAAGCCGAACCGCAUGGGGCCGGGACUGGAGUGGACCAAAGCCGUGAAUGAUAAAGCUACCGAUGAGAUCAAGGCCCAUACUUGCAUGUUCCUACCGAAGCAGAACCCGGCAUUUUACGAACUAAUAAACCACGCAUGCACGGCGAUGGUCAGGUCGGUGGAUAGGGGUUGGUACAGUACCGCUCGAGGACAAGCUGUUUUCAACGAUACACCAACGGAAAACAUGCCGCGGCCCGAGCAAGACCGAGCCCACAACCAAGCCGAGAGCGGGACGGACGAGGACGUCGUAAUUAUUGAUUGA